CUGUAUAUAAACAACACAGAUCUCUUCCCUGUCAGCUCCUGCAUACUGCUUUGUACGGAUCUGCAUAGCAGAGCCGUACAAAGCAGUGUGCUUACAGUGGAAAGCACUUGCACACAGCAUACUGUGAAACCGCAGACAGCUAACUCUUUGAUUUCCCCAGAUGUUAACCAUUUCCUGCCCAGUUGACAUUAGUACAGUUUCAGUGGUUUUUUUUCACUGAUCACUGUAUUGGUGUCACUGGGGAUGUCAGUGACCCCAAGUCAGUUCCCCCCCAGUGUCAAAAUGUCCGCCGCAGUCCUGCCAUAA